UUCAAAUACAAAUCUAUUAAAGGGAAAUCAGCAUCUUGUUAGGAGCGACCACGCCUAGAAGUACUAUGACACGAUUGGGAAUGUGCUGCAUAUCCUUUCCCAUGCGUUCCGCGGACUUUCCGUCGACACUGGUUUAAUUGACCAACCCCUUCAAGCCCGGAUAGUGCAACACCAAGUCCACGGAAAUUCCACUGCAUCAUGCCAAAAGACCAAUAUAGCUCCUCUCGCCAGAGACCUGUGUCAUGCACCCUUUGUCGAAAGCGCAAGUUAAGGUGUUCCCGCGAUGCGCCGUGCUCGAACUGCGUUUCACGUGCCGUUCCAUGCGACCUAGAAGAAAAACCCAAGCCUUAUAAUGCUGAGUCUUCCCAGUCAGAAAUUAUCGAACGUCUUGGAAGACUCGAGCAAUUGCUUGCAGGACGGCAGUCAGAGCAGGCGAGUGCAUACAAUCCCAUCGCGAGCACGUGGAAGCCGCGGGAGACUGCUGUCCAGCCAUCACUAACCCGAGACGCAUCAUCACAAGUUCAGAGUCUCAACCAAGAUGUUGCUUUGCUGGAAAGCAUAUAUCUCGGUGAUAUCGGUCCAAAUACAUCCGAAAUUCCGUCUAGCCGCGUUAUGUACAAAACAUGUUCCGUCGAACGUAUAUCUCAGGCCAAACAAUGGUUUUGCGGUCAUGACCUGGAAUUUUCAACUCAAUCAGUACCUGUUCGCUGUAUCUGGCUUCCAACCUAUGCCGAAGCUCAAACCUUGCUACAGAAGUACACUCAAGUGGCUGCACAUUUCCCUUGGAUCACAUAUCUUCCAUCGUUGCCGGAAAUGCUUGAAGAAAUCUAUACGGCGCAAAGCCACAAAUCUCAGAUCAAGCCUGGCCCAUUAGUUCUAGCGCUGGCCAUAUUUGCGUGCGCUACCAGUUCGUGGACAUCUAAAGAUUGUGAGACACGAGGUCUGUACAAUACAGUACAGGCAGCAGCGGAGCAAUCAAGAUUCUGGAUUGACGCAGCCCAGGAUCUAGUGGAUAUAUCUCGAGAGUAUACCACGCUGUCAAUUGAGGGUAUAUCGGGAAGCGUUCUUCUCAGUUUCCUGUUAGUCCACCUGGAAGGAUUCACUCGAAAAUGUCGUUAUCUAUUCUCGCAUACGAUCUGGAUGGCGAGAAAUUUGGGUCUGCACCGUUUAGAUCAUCCGAACAGUACAUGGGAUGCAGAAUCUGUCGAGACUGAAAUUGCGAGACGCGUUUUCUGGUACAUAUGUUCAUGUGAUUGGCAAGCUGCAGCAAGAUUCGACGGUGCGGACGAAGGCGUUUAUACAUUUCACCCGCGGCAAAUAAUAACACGCCUGCCUAAGCACUCUGACGACGAUAAUGUACUAGUAGAGCUCCCACUAUCGAUUCCAACGACCAUGUCUUACCCUCUUCACCGAAUCAAGCUGUCCGAGAUAUGUCGCCGUGCUGUAGAUCGCAAUCCUCUGGCAUCUGCAAACCUAGGUGGUAUCUCUCACGAUGCUCUCAUGGAUACUGAUGCUGAGCUCCAGGCUUUGUUGAAUGAGGUCCAACUUUUUUUUUCUCUGCCUCAAGAUGAGCUGGCAAGAAACUAUCGACUGCACCGCGACAAAGCUGCUGAUAUUGUCCAGCAAGGACAUACCCUCAGAUUUCUACUUCACGGACUACGUUGCAAAUUGCACAUUCCGUUUCUUAUCAAAGGAUACACGACAAGUGCGUUUGCGGAGUCGAAAGACAUCUGCGUUAUGUCUGCGCGCCUUUUGAUCCAAUCUCAGUCUCAUUUGCUUGAGAUGGGCUCGCUCAACGGAACCAUGUUCCCUUUUUGCGGAUUGCUCCUGGGAGUUUUUAUGGCCAAUGUGGUUCUUAUUGUAGAUUUAUGCAUGGGUAGGUCCAAAGGUCGAGACGAUCUGCACCGUGAAGAGAUAUGCAAGGCUUUCAGGCUGCUUGAGAGUGCGCGACAUGAAUCAGAGACAACUGCUCGAUUCGUUGACUCGUUGACUCAAAUUUUGCAAAAGCAUAAGAUCAGAUCACCGAAGGAGGCUCUCCAGUCGAUGCACGCGAAUCAGAGGGUGACGCAAGGGGACUCUACUUUGUCACGGCUCUCCAAUAGAACUUGCAAUGCAUUGAUGACUCCAGACUCGAGCGUUUUCACAGAUUUGAAUUGUGGUAGAGCGAAUUCCGAUGAAACGGUUGGAAUAGAAGACCAGCGCCAGUCUACGUAUUUCAUUAACUUCGCCAAGGACUUCGAAGAAGGCACCGAUAUGUUCGAUAAUUUUGACUGGGACAAUAUAUUUUCGGACUUGAAUACCAUGUUCGCCUAAUAUUGAAGUCCUACCAGGAGCCAACCUAGACAGUCUAUUAAGUUUGGAUUCAUCUGAUCAACUGUUUGCCAUGAUCAAAUAAAAUGGAAGGUACUAUGAUUUGCAUAUGAUUUACAACUUGCAUAUUAUGCAAAUGUGUGUCUGUAUACCCC